UGCAUUUUUAAAAAAAUCUGUAAUUGUGGAUCCUUUUAUUUACCGAUUUGUUUUUUUUUCCAGAUUAUCAACGAUCGCGAAACAGGUAGAUCAAGAGGAUUUGGUUUUGUUACCUUUACUGAUGAGAAAUCCAUGAGGAACGCAAUUGAAGCAAUGAAUGGCCAGAACCUUGAUGGUCGUAACAUCACUGUUAAUGAAGCUCAAUCACGCGGAAGCGGCGGCGGCGGCGGUGGUUUCGGAGGUGGCCGACGGGGUGGUGGUGGUGGUGGUUUCGGAGGUGGUGGCGGAUACAAUGGCGGGGGGGGGGGGGGGGGGGGGCGGGGGGGGGGGGGGGGUUGUUGCAGUGCCAGGAGGAUAAGAGGCCUUGCAUCAUAUGAACUAAGCGUGGUGUUUAAGUGGAGAAGCGCGGAGAGGCAGGCCCAUUGUCCCCGAGUUUCGAAGGUUGCGGUUGGUCCUAAGAGUAGGACCCAGACGGAUUUGUUGGUCAUAAAGAAAAAGUGGUAUUCCACUAGUCCAACACUAAUGGUGCAUCUUUAUUUGGCAAAAUGA